GGACAAACUCAAACUGGAAGUCUUUUAAAACAGUGAGAUUCAACGGUAAAUUAUCAAGUUGCCAGCCGCUCUGGAGGAUUCGCCAUCAAUUGCCAUUCUCUGAGUCAAGACCGGAUGCUUUACUGAAGAUAUACCAUAUUGUUCAAACAGGCAUUAUUUGAGGGCUGUUCUGUGGCCUGUGUUCAGCAGGAGGUCAGAUUAGAUCAUCACAAUGGUCCCUUCUGGCUUUAUAAUCCAAAUCUCUUCCCCUUUCAGAUCCUCCAGAAUGGGAAGGACCCGGAUGGUGACCUGUGGGAUGGCUAUGCUUUUGCUGGUGCUCUGUAGCGAUAUCACCCUUUGCAGGAGGGGCGGCUCAACAAGUAAGAAAGCAAACCAGAAUAAAAGUCCUCCCCCCGUUAAUAAGCCCAGCCCGCCAUCCAAAAAAGAGCCUGUGAAGAUUCCAGGCACGCUCUGUUACACCGGCCAGUUGCUCGACAUCAAACUAGAGCCCGAAGAUGCCAGAUAUUACACCGACAACUUCAAAAAGUUCCCCGAUUGCGUUUAUUUCCCUCGGUGCUUCCAGUCUCUAGAGGCGAAUGCAACCAAGGACGCGUUGGUUAGCGAGUGCUUUAACGUUACGGUGAGUCUGACUGAAAACAAACUGGGCCUAUCCGAAGGAAAGAAUGCCACCAGUGCGUACGCCAGGGUCAUGUGGCGAGUGAUAAGCCACUUGUGUGCAAUGGAUUUCUGCUGCCAACCAUGCAGCCUCGCUCUGUCCAUCCACGGUUCCUUUGGUCGGGUAGCAAUGCUUUGCCUCAUGAGUUUUAUUUCUCUUACCGUGCAAUGAACUUGCAUUGAUUUACUGGCAACGAGGGAGUACCUGUCAGUAACUAUUUACCUCUUAUGAUUUCUGUACGUUAAACUUCCAUAAUUCUUUUGUUAUUUUAACCAAAAUCCUUUGUGCGUAUAAACUCAAGUGGCAUUUAUCUAUUCUAUCAAACUCAUGUGCUUUGUUUUACAGUGGGCUACUGUGUGUCCAAAUAAAAGGACCAUGCUAAUCUUUUAACUCCUUUAACCCAGUCCAGGGAACGAUUCUGGAUUCUAUAGUAAUGGACAUUCUUAUUAAUAUGCGUUAUAAUUAACAAGACCAGGUAAUAUACAGGGUGCGUAUGAUACAGUUAUGUUCUGUGAUUAAUAUUUGUUAUUGCAGACUUUUCCUGUGAUGAAAUAAAUGACCCACUGAGAGAUGUUGUUAACUCAUUAAGAGCUACCGGUUGCCACAGCUGUCAGUAAUAAUGUCUGGAUUAUAAAUCCCCUUUAGUUUAUCAAUCAGGUCAAGUGCGAUAACCAUAAAAGAAAUCCCAUACGUAAUGAGGUAAAAAUGAGAUACUGAAAACAACACAGAGUGAAAUAACUGUGAGAAAGUAACUUUUCCCUCCCCACAAAGAUUUCUUAGUCUCACAUCCUAUAAAAGGAAAGAGUUUUGGGGGGCUAAAUUGGGAAUGAAUACUGCCAGCA